AUGCCGACCGUCAAGCCUAUCCUCCACCCUCUCAAGACGCCGAAGAGCGCAUCAUUUCCCUCCGAACUGCAUAGCGACUCCUCCUCGAGCCCCUCCGACUUAAUCAAGCAAGAAGAACUAUGCACUCCUAUUACUCCCGACUCCUCUAUUCCCAAAGCAUACACUCAGUUCCUCGAGGCUAUGACACCUGUCUUCAGUCCGGUCAGCGCGGGCGUGAACUUUCCCAAGUUUCCCCUCAAGAGGCCUUCUCCUCCAACCUCGCAGCCUGCUAGUGCUAUGAGCGGAUCCUUUUCCUUCAGUGACUCUGUGCGAUCGCCUACUGUAUCUUUGCCUCCACCAACACCCGCCUCAGCACAACCAUCGAGGAAGAACUUUGCUCAUCCUCGCCGCCUUCGCAUCCCGCAUUCAGCGAAGUACUCGCCAUGUACGGAUUCUCCUAAGAGCGCAACUAUGCUUCGAUCGCCCUUCACCCCCUCUGGCUGGAACCCUCGCUAUUUUGAGGGUCCCCAUAGCGCCAACCCUUGCGGAAAGCCCGUCAGUGUGAGACAAGUUGUCACCCGAACAGUGACCUACAAACGCACCCAACUCGAAGCCCCACCAAAGGGAAAGCGGCGCAAGUGCCGCGACAUUAAGGAAGUCAAGGAAGUCAAGGAAGGCAAAGAGGUCUCAUGA